AGCAGAAAAGAUUUGGAGUGGGGGAUGGGGGAAGCGUGCAGUCCAGCAGCCGUGCCUCUCCUGUCUCCUUCCCCCAGGCUGGAAGGCGAAUUUGGCUUGUGCACCUUUGCUGCUGCAGCAGAAAGACAGAGCCCCCCAUGUCCUUUGAGGAGGUGGCCGUGUUCUUCACGGAGGAGGAAUGGGCCCUUCUGGAUCCAGGCCAAAGAAAACUCUUUUGGAAAGUGAUGGAAGAAAAUUACGAGACCGUGGCCUCUCUGAGAGACGACAUUUCCCAGAAGGACUUGCGAGUAGCGGAGAGAAGAUCCACCCUGCCUUUUCUAGGUGUCCAGGGCACAGUUGAAACUCAAGAUGGAGACGGAAAUGUAUGGAAUACGCCGUUCCCUGGAGCCUCCCUUCUUUCGUGUUUCCCCUGGCUGGAGGGAGAAUUUGGCCUGUGUUUGUCUGCAGCAAAGAGAUUCCGAGUGUCCUUUGAGGGCGUAUUCAUGUUCUUAACAGAAGAGGAAUGGGCCCUUCUCUGCCCAGGCCAAAGAAAACUCUACUGGGAUGUUAUGGAGGAAACUUUUGAAACCGUGGCCUCUCUGGUUGCAGAUGCGAGGGAGAAGGGGAGAGAGACGGAACCAGGAUGGAGAGUUGUGGGAAAAGACAACGAUCUACAGGCGGAAGCAAAAUCUGAGGAUCAAGCGGUACCAAAGAGACCUUGCAGAAGGAAGAGGGAACAAAAACAGAAGCAAAGGAGAAAUAAGCUUGAGGUCUCAUCUGAAGAAGAUACAAGGAAAAGAAAGAGAAAGCCUAAUGGUCCCAUGAACCAGAAAGGAUUCAAUUGCAAAUUCAGUGCUAAGAUUCACACAGGGGAGAAACUAUAUAAACGUUUGGAAUGUGGAAAGGGGUUCUCCAAGAAUAACAACCUAACUGCACAUCAAAAGAUUCCUGUUGUGGAGAAGUCAUAUAAAUGCUUGGAGUGUGGAAAGUGCUUCUCUCGGAAUAGCAACCUAACUUCACAUGUAAAAAUUCAUACUGGGGAGAAGCCAUUCAAAUGCUGGGAGUGUGGAAAGUCCUUCUCCCAUAGUAGCAACCUAACUAAACAUCAAAAAGUCCAUACCGGGGAGAAGCCAUAUAAAUGUUUACAGUGUGGAAAGUACUUUUCUACUAAUGCCUACCUAACUACACAUCAAAGGGUUCACACAGGGGAGAAACCAUAUAAGUGCUUGGAGUGUGGAAAGUGCUUCUCUCAGAGAAGCAGCCUGAGAACACAUCAAAAGAUUCAUACUGGAGAGAAGUCAUAUAAAUGCUUGGAGUGUGGAAAGUGCUUUUCUUGGAACAGCAACCUAACUGAACAUGUAAAAAUUCAUACAGGGGAGAAGCCAUUCAAAUGCUGGGAGUGUGGGAAGUGCUUCUCUUUCAAUUACCACCUAAAAAGGCAUCAAAAAGUUCAUACUGGUGAGAAGCCAUAUGAAUGCUUGGAGUGUGAAAAGCAUUUCUUUGGGAAAUCCAGUUUAAAGGCACAUGAAAGGAUUCAUACUGGGGAGAAGCCAUACCAAUGCUUUCAGUGUGGGAAGUGCUUCUCCCAAAAUGGUCAACUAACUACACAUCAAAAUACUCAUACUGGUGGGACGCCGUAUAAAUGCUUGGAAUGUGGGAAAUGCUUCUCCCAGAAAUGUAACCUAACUUCACAUCAAAAGGUUCACACAGGGGAGAAACCAUAUAGAUGCUUGGAGUGUGGAAAGUGCUUCUCUCAGAAUAGUACUCUAAAGACACAUCAAAAGGUUCAUACUGAGGAGAAGCCAUAUAAAUGCUUGGACUGUGGAAAGUGCUUCUCUCAUAAUUCCAGCUUAAAAGGACAUCAAAGGAUUCAUACUGGGGAGAAGCCAUAUAAAUGUUUGGACUGUGGAAAGUGCUUCUCUCAUAAUUCCAGCUUAAAAGGACACCAAAUAGCUCAUACUGGGGAGAAGCCAUAUAAAUGCUUGGAGUGUGGAAAGUGCUUCUCACAAAAUGUUAAGCUAACUACACAUCAAAAGAUUCAUACUGGUGAGAAGCCAUAUCAAUGCUUGGAGUGUGGGAAACGCUUCUCCCAGAAUUGUAGCCUAACUUCACAUCAAAAGAUUCACACAGGGGAGAAACCAUAUAGAUGCUUGGAGUGUGGAAAGUGCUUCUCCCUGAAUAGCCAUCUAAGGGCACAUGGAAAGGUUCAUGCUGGGGAGAAGCCAUAUAAAUGCUUGGAGUGUGGAAAGUGCUUCUCUGGGAUUUCCGGCUUCAAAGGACAUCAAAGGAGUCAUACUGGGGAGAAGCCAUAUAAAUGCUUGGUGUGUGGAAAGUGCUUUUCUUGGAAAGAAACUGUAAAAAUUCACCAAAGGAUUCAUACUGGGGAGAAGUCAUAUAAAUGCUUGGAGUGUGGAAAGUGCUUCUCUCGGAAUGAUACGCUAAAAGCACAUAAAAAGAUUCAUAAAAGCCAGGCUUUUAAUUGAUCCAGUGGGCAUCUUCUGAAGUCAUUGCUUCCCCAGUACCCUACUAUCAAGGUGCUUAAGUUGUGUUGAAAGUUUCCAGCCUAUGUGCUGUUGUGUGGUUUGUUGCAUGGACCACUGUUUUCUGAUUUGAUUUGCAGUUAGGAUGCUGUUUAAUUCUGAUGUGGUUUAUUUUAAUAUUGUAAGCCACCCUAUGCCCGCUUACGUUAUAACUAAAAAAAUGUAGUCCCCUGUG